UAUGCGGGGCGGGGGGCUGGCAUGCCUUCUCCCUGAAGACGAGUAUUAAAGCAUCACUGUUGAGGAGAGAGAGAAAGCGAGAGACACAUCUUCAUCUCUUCUGCAAGUGAGCGGAGAACAUCUCACCAUCAGGGGCGGACGGCCUGCGAGAUGUACAGCAGGCAGAUGGAAUCCACUGCUGGAUCUGAGCAGCUGACAGAUGAAGAAAAGGAAAUGAUCAACAACGUGCUGGCAAGAGCCAAGAUGAUGGAGGCAAUGGAACAGGAGAGGAUUGGGCGUCUGGUAAAUCGCCUGGACAGCAUGAAACGGACGGCCUGCGGUGACGGUUACUCUCGAUGUUUGCUCUGCGGACAGCAGUUUGGCCUGGCGGGCGUCAGCGCGGUCGUUUGCGCCGACUGCAAAAAGAACAUGUGCACUAAGUGUGGCGUUCAAGGCAUCAGCCGUUCCAGUCCAAUGUGGCUGUGCAAGAUCUGCUGUGAGCACAAAGAGAUGCUGAAGCGGUCUGGUGCCUGGUUUUUCAAGGGUCUACCACAGCAGGUUUUACCCGCCCCUUUACCCAUCUCAAAGAAAGAGUUCAGUACCACCAACACGCCUGCUUCUUCAAAUCCAUCGACCAAUCAGGAGUUAUCUAUACCUUCACACUCACAGAAAAAUGGAGAAAGCAUGCAGAUUAAAGAGAGAGGGCAGCAGAUAUCUGCAGAAACGAUGCCCCCUGUACGGGAGGAGCGUUCCGUCAUAACCCAGAGAGCCCAAGAAGAAGCACGACAGUCCCUGAGCAGGAGCGCGAUUCAGUCCGGAGCUGUGGAAGGACAAACUUACUCACCUGUGGUGAAGAGAGAAGUACAGGUUCAGAGUUCCAGACCGCCGGCGUCAACCUUUUCCACCGCUCCUAACAAACAAGUUGGAAAUCCAGAUCCAGCGAGUCGACCGGAGGCCAGGGCACCACCUGCUAUGCAGACCGACGCACGUUCACCCGCUGCCAGCAGCGUCGCCGCUUCACGCCAGCCACCACCCCCCACUGCAGAGGAUGAAGAGGACGCCAACAGCUACGACUCCGACGACGCCACCACUCUGGGCAUGUUAGAGUUCAGUCUGCUUUACGAGGAGGAGAAAAACGAACUGCAAUGCAAUAUAAUCAAAGCCAAGGGUCUCAAGUCUAUGGACUCGAAUGGUCUGGCUGAUCCUUACAUUAAAUUGCAUUUGCUUCCAGGUGCCAGCAAGUCUAAUAAACUACGAACAAAGACGCUCCAUAACACUUUAAAUCCUCUGUGGAAUGAGACUCUUGUUUAUCACGGCAUCACAAAUGAAGACAUGCAGAAAAAGACACUCAGGCUCUCUGUCAGCGAUGAGGACAAGUUUGGCCAUAAUGAGUUUAUCGGCGAGACGCGGGUGGUGUUGAAAAAACUGAAGCUGAACCAGAAGAAGACCUUCAAUGUUUGUCUCGAGAGAGCGGUUCCGGUGAGACGUACAGCUGCGGCAGGAGCAUCUCGUGGCAUGGCACUUUAUGAGGAGGAGUUAAAGGAUGAUGAAGAAGCACAGGAGAGGGGCCGAAUCCUGGUUUCUCUCACCUACAAUACCCAGCAAAGUCGUCUCAUUGUGGGUGUGGUCCGAUGUGCUCAUCUAGCAGCAAUGGACUCCAAUGGCUAUUCUGAUCCCUUCGUGAAGAUCUGUCUGAAGCCUGACAUGGGGAAAAAAGCAAAGUUUAAAACUCAGAUCAAGAAGAAAACUCUCAACCCAGAGUUUAAUGAGGAGUUCAGCUAUGAUGUCAAGCAUAGCGAACUGGCAAAAAAGACUUUGGAUGUCUCAGUCUGGGAUUAUGACAUGGGAAAAUCGAAUGAUUUCAUAGGUGGAUGCCAGCUCGGUAUCACGGCUAAAGGCGAGUGUUUGAAGCACUGGUAUGAGUGUCUGAAGAACAAGGACAAGAAAAUUGAACGCUGGCAUGUUCUGUUACAUCAAAACAACAUCGAGGCUGAUGACUAAGGUGUAAUAUUUCCAGAAAUCUCCUGGAGCACACAAUCCUAUCAAAACCCUUAUCUCACUUCUAUGUAUGACUAGUGCUCUUCCUUAUUUCAUUCAUUUAGAUGAAAAGCUUCCGACUUCCCGAAACCCUGCGAUGAGCUAUUUUGAUUAAAUAGUGUUCCAACCAAGAAUAACCUAUAAAGAUGUUAUACUUUUGUGGAAAAAUAUGAAUAAAAAGUGUAUGAUAUUUUUCGGUCAGUAAAUUGCCUUAAAGAACAAAACCUCAUGAGUAUACAUGUCAUGUUACAAAGUCAUUAAACCUCGCAAGAAGAUACAAGGACAGUGAAAAAAAGUAUAUUCAUACAAAACAUAUUGCUAGUUCGUUACAUAAAAUGUAGCUAUUGUACAAUUUGGCAUUAGGAAUGCUGUCCUUAACUACAUACGGUAUGUUUUAUUUGUUUAUUUUUUUGUUUCUUCUGUGUCACAUACGGAAAGGAAAACUGUGAAUUUUGAGUUGUAAAAGUAAUACUUUGAAUUUAUGUGUAAAUGGCAAGUUUUCUUUUUUCAACAUCGCAUCAAUUGCACACUGUUGUUAUGUGCAUGGAAUUCAUGUUCUCUGAUUAUCUAUUAAAGUUAUUAUGUUUCAAAUUAUUUUUGCAUCCGAAAUAUGUUUACAUGUAUGACUACAAGCUUGUUGAAUGCCCAAUAAAGUUGUUAUUAAGUUAUUGCUUAAA